CGACCAUCUCUUUAGAUUUGGUGUUGUUGGACACGACUCAAGAAAGCUCCCUCGACUGGACCAGGUAUCCUUACGGACCACAAUCUAGGACGCCUGGGUGGGUCGAGGAAAGCUUUACCAACUUUCAAAUAGGUAUCAACUGGAGAUCGUACGUGGUUUGUGACGUGGCGUACACAAACGUCAACAAUUGGCUGUGGACACCAUUCAUCGAGCGGGGUGAAGCAAAUAGAAUGUAUAUUGAAGUGAAAUUUAGCAUGAGAGACUGUAAUCUAUUUCCCGGUAUGGCUCUGUCGUGCAAGGAGACUUUUUCUCUUUUAUAUUACGAAUUUGAUGCGGCCACAAAAGAGCCCCCACCAUGGGAACCAGAAUCUUAUAAACUCAUCGACAGGAUAGCAGCCGACGAAGGAAGAUUUACUUCAACUAGCGAAGUGAUCAUUAACACCGAAACCAGAAGUAUACCGAUUACAAAGAAAGGCGUUUAUUUCGCAUUUAGAGACCAAGGUGCUUGUUUGUCUCUGAUUGCUAUUAAGAUAUAUUACGUUACCUGCCCCAACGUAACUAGGAAUUUUGCAUAUUUUCCCUCUACACCUACCGGAAAAGAAGUGACUGCUAUAGUGCCUGCUGAAGGACAGUGUGUUGCCAAUGCCGCCAUUGUGGACACGCCGAGACUUCUUUGUAAAGGCGAUGGCAAUUGGACUUUACCUUCUGGAGGUUGCAAAUGCAUGGCCGGUUAUGAAUCACUCGGACAGGGCUGUCAAGGUAUGAUAUAA